AAAAAUUUCAAGCCAGCCCAUUUAACUGCAGAGUCCAGACUAGCCUAACCCUAAUUACCCUUCUCCCGUCUCCUUCCAUACCAUCCAUCAGCCGCCGCCGCCACUCCACCUUCCCUCCUCGCAUCGCUUCAUGUCGCCGCUGGCGGCGCCGGCGCUGAACCACCCUGCACCAGGCCCCUCCCAUCUACCCCACUCCGUGACUUUUUCCAUUCAGAUCGCGCCCUCGAGCUUCGGCGGCCCAGUCCUGCCUCUCGAGGUGACGUGGCCGCAGUCGCGGCAGGUCCGACUACCGGGUUUGGAACCCCUCGAGGUCGCCGGCGACGCGCACAGAUCCAGAUCCAUCCGGCGGCGAGCCAACAUGAAUCAGUCUCUUGGGGAUUGUCAGCGGCAACACGGAGCUGAACACGGACGUGCCCUUCACGCUGGACGACGGCAUCAGCAGCAUCAAUUUCAUCAGAUGGUGCUAAAUUGUUCUUCUCUGGGGAAUUGGUGCAAAAUCUAUACCAAAACAAUUUCAAGUCUAGGACUGGAGCCUAUUGAUACUUUAAGGACAUCGGCAUCAUGCCGGUGUAAGGUAAGCACCGUGUCUCUUCCUCCAAUUAUCCCAUCCAUAGCAUAUCACUAUCGCAUAUGUCUAAUGAAACCACACGAAAACAACCAUGGACUCAGCUUGGAGGUGCCUCAUGUGCCAUUUUGUUAAGUAGGACGUCAUGAUUUAGAAUAGUAUCCGACCAAGUGAGCUCAUAGUGUUUUGCAUUUAUCAAAUAGUCCACGUAUUGUUGACAUUAAUGAGGUAUAUCUGUUCAUUGGGAGAGCGCUGUGCAUGAUGCAUCUCUGUUCUUUUUCUAAGGAUUAUUUCUUCCAAACAUUCCAAUCUUUACCUGUUCAAGGAUUCGAUCUCAUCUAAUAUUGUUAUGCCGUUGGUCCUCAAAUAUUUUAUCAUGCAAGUUUUGUGGCUACAACCAAACUAAAUGUCGGUGAAGAUAUGUUAUGGUUACCCAUCAAGUACUAACUAGCCUUCUGUUUCACCAUAUCCUGUAACUAUUGUUGAAUUAAUUUGUUGAGAAAUGCCCAUCAUUUCUUGCAAAGAAUCAUGAUUAUUGAUCAUAUGAAAAAGUAGAAUAGCAGCUAGUUUGAUGCAAUUUAUAUGUUUCUGUAGUAAGUUUUAUUUCAGAAAGGAGGUGCGUGUUGGUACUCUUUAAUUGCAUCUAUUCUAACUGUUACUGCUCGCUGUUAAAGUUGCAAGCCAGGUAAAAAUUAGCUUUACACAACUACUUUUCGUACGUUUAAGAUUUUUGUUACUCAAAGUACUGCUAGAUUGUAGUUACUAUGUAGAUGUCGCUCAGAAUUAUUUUUUCUUAACUGAUCACAAUGUACUACGUAUUUCUGGCUCCUAUAUUUAUAUCAGUUUUGUACCUGGUUUUGUGAAGUGACGUGCAACAUAUCACACCCAAGAACAAUAUUUGUUCUGAAUUUUUAUCUCAUUCUAUCAAAUUCGACAUGCCCAAUAUCUCCAAUUCAACUUCGAACACAUUAAAUCUAUAUAGUUAUUUUAAACUAUGAUAAAAGGGGUGGUGCUGGGAUGCAUCGAGUGGAUGGAAAAUGUUUAGAUAUAUACCUGACUUGAUAAGCUGUCCAAAGAACAUCUAGUAAUUACAUGCAUGUAAAUCCAUUCAAUAUUUGUAUCGGAUAUACCAGAAAUAAAAUUGCAAUUAGUUUUUUUAACCAAUUUUAACCUUUUUAGUUUUUAUUGUAUGCUAAUUUCGAACAAUGACAUGGCGGCAUAUGCUUAAACGCCUUAAAAUGAAUAGUAAAUGAAACAUAUUUCAAUGUUUAUAUUUUGAAAUUACGCCCGCAUAACAAGAUUAUGGUUGUCUAUUUAGAGGCACAAGUAAUUUAACAUUCAGCUUCCCCAUGUGUUCUAUUUUUUAUCGACUGUUCCCCAUGUGUUCGUGAAAGGGCGAAACACCUAUUUUGAGAUUCAUUUGCAAUAAAACAAGCUAUGUGUUUCAGUGUUUUAAAUAGUAAACCUUGAUAGCUUAUUAUUGAAUCUUAGUAUUUGUCAAUCAUGCAGUUUUUUUAUAUACAACAAUUUUGUAAAAAUAAAGUUCACUGAUAUUUGUUCAAAUAACUAGCCUGGUCAGGUGCAUGGGUUGAUGAAAUAGUUGUUUUGAGGUGCAUAGAUUGAUGACUAACUAGUUGUUUUAACAUGACAUUGAACUUUCUAUGUUUGGAUGCUAAAAUUUCACAUUUAUAGAACAUUUUUUUCUAAAUUGUAUAGAGUCUGCUUUUUUAUAUUCUGUUGCCCACGUUUUAAUGGUACCCUAAUAUGGUAGUGGUGUCCCUCCAAUGAUAGCUUGGAAAAUAAACUAAUAUUAUUACUCUAGAUUCAUAUGGGAGUUUGCUGUUAUAACUUGUUAUAACUUUGUACGUUUUUGGAUUCUAUGCAGGUUUGGCAGUUAGUCCGUGUUACUUGGGUCUGUAUAGCUUCCUGGAGAACUGGUGGUGAUGGAGACUAAAAUCAGCUAGUAGGAUAAUUUUUCAUGGAAGCCAUGUUACUCAAAAAAAAAUGCUCAUAGCGCUUCCUAGAUAUGCUUGUGUUUUGAUAUUAAGCUUUGUUUUUUGUAAUCAAAAUAGAUUGUUGGAACUCUGUAUUGUCAUGUGAAUAAAUGUUAUUUUUGAAUGAAUAUAA